AUUUUUUUUCUGCACAUGCGCUGCCGCAGUCUUAGUUCCGGGUACGACAUGCAUUAUAAAUAGGCUGGUGUAGAACUCGGGUGUCGGUGAAAUAUACGAAACCAAUGAUUCCUAUAUGCCCUGUAGUCUCCUUCACCUAUGUGCCUAGCCGGCUUGGUGAGGAUGCCAAAAUGGCUACCGGCAAUUAUUUUGGAUUUACCCAUGGCGCUGCUGCCCAGUACAGUCAUCAGCCAACUGCGGGGGUGGCAUACACGCACCCCACUACGGUGGCCAGUUACACCGUUCAUCAAGCUCCUAUGUCGGCACACACAGUAGCAGCAGCGUAUGCGCCCACUGCAGCCACAGUAGCUGUUGCUCGUCCUGCGCCUGUCGCUGUGGCAGCUGCUACAGCUGCUGCUUAUGGAGGAUACCAGCCAACACACACUGCCACAGACUAUGGCUACACACAGCGCCAACCCGAGGUCCCUCCACCACCACCACCAGUAACUUCACAGAACUACCAGGAUUCCUACUCGUAUGUCCGCUCCACUGCUCCUGCUGUAGCCUACGACAGUAAACAGUAUUACCAGCAGCCAACUGCUACAGCUGCUGUUGCUGCUGCUGCACAGCCUCAACCAAGUGUUGCAGAUUCCUACUAUCAAACAGCCCCUAAACCAGGAUAUAUCCAGGGUGUAACAUCAUACACCCAAAGCCAGCAGACACGACAGGUAACUGUGAUAAAGCCUGCAGGUCCCAGUCCAGCCUCAUCGACAUUUUCCAUCUACCCAGUGACAUCCACUGUUCAGCCUGUGGCAGCCGCUGCUGCCGCCGCUUCUGUGGUCCCAACCUACUCUCAGAGUCCGACCUACAGCACCAAUGCCGUCACUUACUCUGGAACCACAUACUCCGGAUAUGAAGCAGCUGUUUACUCUGCAGCCUCCAGCUACUACCAACAGCAGCAGCAGAAGCAGGCAGCUGCAACGGCAGCGUGGACUGGAAACACUUUAACUAAGAAACCACAGUUUCAGAGUAAACAGAUUAGGCUAAAGCAACCCCCUAAACCCCCACAGAUUCACUACUGUGACGUCUGUAAGAUCAGCUGUGCUGGCCCUCAGACCUAUAAGGAGCAUCUGGAAGGGCAGAAACAUAAGAAGAAAGAAGCAGCUCUGAAGGUAUCUCAGAGUAGCAGUAGCAGCAGCAGUGGUGGAGGAGUGUUGGCCCGCAAUGGUCAGAACCAGCUUCGCUGUGAACUUUGUGAUGUUUCCUGCACUGGUGCCGAUGCCUAUGCUGCUCAUAUCCGUGGAGCCAAACACCAGAAGGUGGUGAAGCUCCACACCAAACUUGGAAAGCCGAUCCCAUCGACUGAGCCCAGUAUGGUAACGCAAACGUCCUCCUCCACCACAGCUGCAUCAAGUAAGACCACCACAUCUACCAUGAGCAGUUCCAGUACCAGCAUGUGUGUGGCUGCUCCCUCCUCUGCAGCAACCAGCUCCAGUGCCUCCUACCUAAAGCCAGUCAACAUAGUCAGUAGUGGAAUCACAGGCGUCAAGAGUACAUUGACCAACAGCCACUCUGCAUCAGCUGUUAAGAAAGUGACCAUCCCCAAGAUCAACUUUGUAGGUGGUAAUAAAUUGCAGACCACUGUCAAGAUGGAUGAGACAAGAGCAGAGACCAAAAUGGAAACCUCCAAACCUUUAACAUCCACUUGUGGUGUAGAAGACCCCAAAACUGACAUUGCAGAUCUGUCUGCAUCUGCUCUGGCUGGUCUUCAGAACGACAUUCAGCCUGUCGGCCAUGAUUAUGUUGAAGAAGUUCGAAAUGAUGAAGGCAAAGUCAUACGCUUCCAUUGCAAGCUGUGUGAAUGUAGUUUUAAUGACCCCAACGCAAAAGAAAUGCAUCUAAAAGGGCGACGGCACCGCCUACAGUACAAGAAAAAAGUAAACCCAGAUCUUCAAGUAGAGGUGAAGCCCAGCAUCCGAGCUCGAAAGAUUCAGGAAGAGAAGAUGAGAAAGCAGAUGCAAAAGGAGGAAUACUGGAGGAGAAGAGAGGAAGAAGAGUGCUGGAGGAUGGAAAUGAGGCGUUAUGAGGAGGACAUGUACUGGAGACGCAUGGAGGAGGAGCAGCACCACUGGGAUGACCGUCUUCGUCUACCAGAUGGAGCAUAUCCACAGGGACCUCCCGGACCCCCUGGUCUACUAGGAGUCAGACCUGGCAUGCCUGGCCUGCAGCCUCAAGGGCCUGUGCCUCCACGUCGUCCUGACUCUUCAGACGAUCGCUAUGUCAUGAUAAAGCACGCAGCCAUUUAUCCAUCAGAGGAUGAGCUCCAGUCCAUCCAGAAGAUCGUGUCAAUCACAGAACGGGCCCUAAAACUGGUCUCAGACAUAAUCACAGACCAGGACAAGACCAAAGAAGAUGACAAAGAAAAGAAGGAAGCCUGUAAAGACAGAGCCCUGAAGGGAGUGAUGAGGGUAGGGGUUCUGGCCAAAGGUUUGCUUCUACAUGGAGACAAAAAUGUCAAUUUGGUCCUGCUCUGCUUAGAAAAACCCAACGAGAGCCUUCUGACCCGCAUUGUUGAGCAUCUUCCCAAGCAGCUGACGGUAGUGACACCAGAGAGGUACGAGGUCAAAGGAUCCAUCCAGGAAGCAGCCAUCAUCCUGACGUCCUGCACAGAGCCAAAGAUGCAAGUGACAAUCACGCUGACUUCACCCAUCAUCAGAGAGGAAACUGGUCGGGAUGGAGAUGUAACCUCGGGUAUGGUAAAGGACCCAGUGGACGUCUUGGACAGGCAAAUAUGCCUUGACGCUCUGGCUGCUCUGCGCCACGCUAAGUGGUUCCAGGCUAGAGCUAAUGGACUUCAAUCCUGUGUGAUCAUCAUUCGAAUUCUGAGAGACCUUUGUCAGCGGGUUCCUACCUGGUCAUCCUUUCCUGGAUGGGCCAUGGAGCUGCUGGUGGAGAAGGCCAUCAGCAGUGCCUCUGCACCACUCAGUCCAGGUGAUGCACUGAGACAUGUCUUUGAAUGUAUUUCUUCUGGAAUCCUACUCUCCGGUGGACCUGGGUUGGUAGAUCCAUGUGAAAAGAAGCCUGUGGACACAUUGUCAACCAUGGGUGAGCAGCAGAGGGAGGACAUCACCUCCAGUGCUCAGUUAGCUCUGAGGCUGCUGGCGUUCCGUCAAAUCCACAAAGUGUUGGGCAUGGACCCUCUACCACAGAUGAACCAACGCUUCAAUGUCCGCAACAGCCGCAAGCGACGUCAUGAAAGCAACGACGGCACAGACAGCUUUGAAGGUGAAGGCAAAAAAGACAAGAAAGAUUAUGAUAGUGCGGGUCUUUGUUAAAUUGACAUCUACAAAACGGUUAUAUGCGCUGUCGCCUGUGUAUUGGGUUCAUUUUGUUUAAGCUACAAAUUUUCCUGUGUAAUUUCAGCUUCAUUUAUUAAGUAUUACGCAAAUGUCAGUGUAAUUUUUUGGUUGUAGAUUAUAUUGGGUUUUUUUUGCCUAAUGUUACAGUGAGACCUCUGUCUAGUAGAUUACAUCUGUUCUCCUUAAUUAAAUGUGUUAAAAAAAAUAAAGUGGCUUGAGGGUGUGGCACCGCUGCCCACUAACAGAAUCUCUGUAUUGUUGUUACUGUUGUGAGACAUUUCUUCGGCUGACAUCUUUCUGUUGAAUAUUAAUGAUAACUGUAUUAAUACAAGUCAUCUUGAUGCUGUUGUCUUAUCUCCUGAUGCUACUCUAAUGAGAAGUGAAGUGUGUAUUAACUCCCUUGAGGAACAUGAACUGCACAUUCUUUACAUAAAAGACCAUUCAGGGCAUUUUAUCAAAGCUUUUCUGGCAAUUUCCAUUAUAUAUGGAAAAUAUUUGUAUAAUAUUUAGAUUUUAAAAGGUUUGAUUUGUGGAAAAUAUGGUAAUAACUAAAUAGAUUUGACUUUUAAAAUAAUUAAAAUAAAAAUAAAUAAUAAUAAAUAAUUAAAAUAAUUUUACUGGUUUGUAAGGAUCUUUACUAGCUUGCCUUUUCAGUUUGAUUGGUUACUAAUUUAAAAAUAUUAAAAACAAAGAUAAAU